AGUUGCAGCCGGGAAGCCAGCGAGGUCGGUUCCGCCCGACUCUAUCAUGGCGGCGCCCUUUGUCUGCUCUGAAGUGCCGUCCCCGGCCUUCUCGCGGCCGUGAUGCACCUCCCUCGGCGGUGGGGUCCGGGACAUGGCAGCCAUGGAUUUCCCCCAGCACAGCCAGCACGUCUUGGAGCAGCUGAACCAGCAGCGGCAGCUGGGGCUUCUGUGUGACUGCACUUUUGUGGUGGAUGGUGUUGACUUUAAGGCCCACAAGGCGGUGCUGGCAGCUUGCAGCGAGUACUUCAAGAUGCUCUUCGUGGACCAGAAGGAUGUGGUGCACCUGGACAUCAGUAACGCGGCAGGAGGGGACAGGAGAGCCAAAGAGGAGAAGGCUGCUACUACUACACUGAGCGGACUGGACUCAGCCGGAGGCAGUCCACCCACGGGCCCAGGCAGAGAGCCCAAAGAGGAGCGAGGCGGCCAGGCUGAGAGUGCGGCCAGUGGUGCAGAGCAGACGGAGAAGGCUGAUGCCCCCCGGGAGCCACCGCCAGUAGAGCCCAAGCCUGACCCCACGAGUGGCAUGGCUGCUGCUGAGGCCGAGGCUGCCUUGUCAGAGAGCUCGGAGCAAGAAAUGGAGGUGGAGCCAGCCAGGAAAGGAGAAGAGCGAGAAGAGGAGGAUACUGUGCCUACUAUGGUCAAGGAAGAGGGGCCGCAGCUGGAGAAGGGAGAGGCCCCCGAGGAGAGCGAGGAGUCGGCCAGCACGGACUCAGGCCAGGAGCUGGGCGCAGAGGCCCGGGGCCUGCGCCCGGGUACCUACGGUGACCGCACAGAAUCGAAGGCCUAUGGCUCGGUCAUCCACAAGUGCGAGGACUGUGGGAAGGAGUUCACGCACACCGGGAACUUCAAGCGGCACAUCCGCAUCCACACAGGCGAGAAGCCCUUCUCGUGCAGCGAGUGCAGCAAGGCCUUCUCCGACCCAGCCGCCUGCAAGGCCCACGAGAAGACGCACAGCCCGCUGAAGCCCUACGGCUGCGAGGAGUGUGGCAAGAGCUACCGGCUCAUCAGCCUGCUGAACCUGCACAAGAAGCGGCACUCGGGCGAGGCGCGCUACCGCUGCGAGGACUGCGGCAAGCUCUUCACCACGUCGGGCAACCUGAAGCGGCACCAGCUGGUGCACAGCGGCGAGAAGCCCUACCAGUGCGACUACUGCGGCCGCUCCUUCUCCGACCCCACGUCCAAGAUGCGCCACCUGGAGACGCACGACACCGACAAGGAGCACAAGUGCCCGCACUGCGACAAGAAGUUCAACCAGGUGGGGAACCUGAAGGCGCACCUGAAGAUCCACAUCGCCGACGGGCCCCUCAAGUGCCGCGAGUGUGGGAAGCAGUUCACCACCUCAGGGAACCUUAAGCGGCACCUCCGGAUCCACAGCGGGGAGAAGCCCUAUGUGUGCAUCCACUGCCAGCGGCAGUUUGCCGACCCCGGCGCCCUGCAGCGGCACGUCCGCAUCCACACGGGUGAGAAGCCGUGCCAGUGCGUGAUGUGCGGCAAGGCCUUCACGCAGGCCAGCUCCCUCAUCGCGCACGUGCGCCAGCACACCGGCGAGAAGCCCUACGUCUGCGAGCGCUGCGGCAAGAGAUUCGUCCAGUCCAGCCAGUUGGCCAAUCACAUUCGCCACCAUGACAACAUCCGCCCCCAUAAGUGCAGCGUGUGCAGCAAGGCCUUCGUGAACGUGGGGGACCUGUCCAAGCACAUCAUCAUUCACACUGGAGAGAAGCCUUAUCUGUGUGACAAGUGUGGUCGCGGCUUCAACCGGGUGGACAACCUGCGCUCCCAUGUGAAGACUGUGCACCAGGGCAAGGCAGGCAUCAAAAUCCUGGAGCCAGAAGAGGGUGGUGAGGUCAGCGUGGUCACUGUUGAUGACAUGGUGACGUUGGCCACCGAGGCACUGGCAGCAACAGCCGUCACUCAGCUCACAGUGGUACCAGUGGGGGCUGCUGUGACUGCCGAUGAGACGGAAGUACUUAAAGCCGAGAUCAGCAAGGCUGUGAAGCAAGUACAAGAAGAAGAUCCCAACACCCACAUCCUCUAUGCCUGUGACUCCUGUGGGGACAAGUUCCUGGAUGCCAACAGCCUGGCCCAGCAUGUGCGGAUCCACACAGCGCAAGCACUGGUCAUGUUCCAGACGGAUGCGGACUUCUACCAGCAGUACGGGCCAGGCAGCACGUGGCCGGCCGGGCAGGUGCUGCAGGCUGGGGAACUGGUCUUCCGUCCUCGGGAUGGGGCCGAUGGCCAGCCCACUCUGGCAGAGACACCCCCCACAAUCCCAGAAUGUCCACCGCCUGCCGAGUGAGCAGGCAUCCUUCCUCCUGACUGUUUAUUUAAGGAUGGGUGGCCCCAUUCCCUAGAGAAUAAAUUUGAUUAUUUUCUAAUUCUGACUAUAGCUCCCUGUGAGGAUGGGGUGGGGAGCUGGCAGCUGUGGCUGAUGUCCCAGAAAGGCUGCUCCACCCAAAGACCAGCCAGCUGAGACCUGCUUCUUGGGAAUGCCAGGCUGUCCCUUCUGCAGAAUGAGACUGGAGCCCUAGGAUCUUUCUAGAAGCAAGCUGGCUGCUUUGCCUGAGUCAGUGCAGGCAGCACACACGGGGCCAGAGCACGUGGCUCCAUUGCACCCCAUCCCCUCAUCCAGUCUCCUUUGGAGGCUUUUUCACCUGUUCACCUUGAGGACCCCACCUCCCCUAUCUGCCAUGGACCUCAGCUGUGACCCUGCUCCCUCUCUGCCUAGGGGUUGGGAACUGAGCCAGCAGGAGCUGGUCAUACUGCUUACCGGGAUCCAAGCAACCCAGAGAGCCCAGCUGGAGCCAUUCAGCCAGAGUAGCUAGGUGGCAGAGAGCCCGGCCCAACAGGCCACGGGCCUGGUUCUAGUGGGCUUGGAACAGCAGCUGGAUUCUGCACUCACUUCACAGUAACCCUGGCCUGAGGAUCAAGGCCAACCCAGUGCCAUGUUUUGGGAAUACUUACUUGCCCUGAAUCAAUGGAAUUGCUCCCACCAGUCGGAGGGCCUGGAAGAACAGUGAGCAACCAGAAGCUCUGAUGGGGAGGUGGGGGACACGGCACCAUGCACACUAGGAGCUGCCUGCAGGGGAACCUAAGAUGCCCUCUCUGCCCCUUUUCCGCAGUUCGCCCCCAGCAGCUGUAAUCCCUAAGAGAUGGUGCCUUCUUGCACCGAAAGUAUAGGUCUGCCUGGAGGAGCCCCUUGGAUAUUGCAAGUGAGACCACCAACUCCAUGGCCCCUGUUCCCAUCCCCGCUUAAUCCCCCAGCCUGUAGUUCAUGCAGCUGCGGGGGGAGCCUGGUCUGCCGCUCCAUCCUGUUAGCAGCUACAGAACACCGUCAGGCCAGGCUGUGCCAUUGCCAUUGUGCCACUGCUGCCAGCACCGUCACUGGAGUUGAGGAAGGGGCAAGAGACGACACCAAAGCUCACUCAAAGGUUUCUGAGUUUGCUUGAGGGGGUGGUUUUACCUGUAUCCAAAUUUGAAGUGCCUUCCACAUUAUCCAGGAAUCAGUUUGGUCCUUGAAGUGUCAGAUAUUUACAACGUAGCACUGAAAACUGGUUCAAGUCAGUCUGUAACGAAAAUCUCUUGAACAAGUUAAAAUGAUCUUUGGGGAGAUUAAGUGGCAGAAAGGAAAUAGGUCCUAUAUACAGACUGGGGGUGUGAGUAGGGGGAGAAAACAAAAGUGAGAUGAGAGCUAGCUAUUCCUCAUAAGCCAAGGACACUUGGUCCUGCCACCCAAGUGACAAUCACAUCCACACUUGACAUGUUUUGUAUUUUUUAAUAAAGUUUGUAAUCCAAUGGACACACAAAACAAAACUGUGCUGAGAAAAACAGUUUCAUAAAUUAAUAAGUGUUAGGAAGUUGAGGGGAGAGGUCAAGGUCACAGGAAAAGGGAAGCCAGUCUUUUUUGUACAGUCUGUGUGUGUGUGUGUGUGUGUGUGUGUGUGUGUGUGUGUGUGUGUGUGUGUG